GUGAUCAAGGCUUCCUUAUCCAAUAUUUGUAAAAAUGAACAAUUUAUUGCAAAUAUAAGAAAGCUGUCGCGUUAUACAACCAAAGUUUUAUUCGUGGGCUCCCUUUUUGCCAACUUUGUCUUUAUCAAACUACUUGAGGAAAAUAAAUCAAUCCCAGUUAUUGAACAAAGCUUGUUUACAAACAUGUUCGCUCUAUUGACUGGGAAUGGAAAAAAAGUACCAGAUUAUCUCAAGGAGUACUAUACUCUUUUCUGCGAGUCUACAACUCUUAACUACGAGUCGUUAAAAAGCCAAAAAUACUCCAGCAUUCUCACUAUUGCUGGAAAACAGUACGAAGUUUUGGUCAGGAACUAG